GUUAUUAUGUUGAUUCAAUUAUAUUUGUCUUGUUUUAGGUAACUUUCAACCAUCACAUCGCACAAGCUGUCCCAGGGAGGAGGAUCAGACUUUAAGACAGGAUUUAGAUCAUCAGUAGUUAAUGAGUGUCCAGCUGGACUCCUCUCUAACAAGUCCGGAGAAGGCAGCGUGAAAGCUGCUCUGAGGCGGCUUGGCCGGAGAACCGGGCCCUCCUCAAUCAUGCGGUGAAUGGAGGAGUGGCACUGGGAGAAUACCAGUUGAUGAAGGAGCUCUUCCCUGCCGAGUGGUUUCCCAUUAUCAUCACGAAGAUCUUCUUCCGUGGAGGUGACCACGAUGACUCUGAACCAGGCCAGGGGGAGCCCAGCAGAGAGGAAGUUCCCAAACCGAUCCCUUGUGUUUGCGGUGUGUGCAGCCUGCAUAGGAGGGACCUUUCAGUACGGCCUCAACGUCUCCGUCAUCAACGGGCCCUCCCAGGCUGUGCAGACCUUCAUCAAUCACACCUGGCUGGAGCGCUACCAAGCGACCAUCCCGGGUCACACCCUCACCCUGCUGUGGUCCACCAUCGUGUCCAUCUUCACCCUGGGGGGCCUACUGGGGGGGUGCAUAGGGGCGACCCUGUCAGUCAAGCUGGGCAGGAAAGGCUCUCUGUUGGCCAACAAUGGAUUUGCCAUCGUCGCUGCCCUGCUCAUGGGCCUCAGCGCCCCCACAGGGCUGUUUGAGCUGCUCAUUGUUGGGAGAUUCCUCAGUGGAUUAAACGCAGGGAUCGCUCUGUGCGUCCAGCCGCUCUAUCUGGGGGAGAUCGCCCCGACCGCACUGCGCGGCUCCAUCUCCAUCGGCACCGUCGUCUUCAUCACCGGGGGGAUCCUAACGGGACAGCUCCUCGGACUCAAAGAGCUGCUGGGCGAUGAAGGCCUCUGGCCCCUCCUCCUCGCCACCAGCUGCCUUCCGGCCCUGCUGCAGCUCCUCUUCCUGCCCUUCUGCCCCGAGAGCCCCCGCUUCCUGCUGAUGGACCGCGGCGACGAGGAGGCGUGUGAGGAAGCCCUGAAGCGGUUCAACGGUUUGGACCACUUUGAGAAGGAGAGGGAAGAUAUGGAGAGUGAGCGGAUCCUGGCGUUAGGCGUCCAGACGCUGAAACCCUGGGAGCUCUUUAAAGACCGCAGCCUGCGCUGGCAGCUCCUCACCGUCUUCGUCAUCAACUCGGCUCAGCAGCUCAACGGCAUAAACGCUAUUUAUUUCUAUGCAGAUUCUGUAUUCAGGCAGUGUGGUAUCGCUGCCGAUAAGAUUCCAUAUGCGACUGUUGGCACCGGCGCCUGUGAAUGCAUCACUGCGCUGACCUGUGGGCUGCUCAUCGACCGCCUGGGCAGGAGGGUGUUGAUCCUGGGAGGGUACUUCCUGAUGUCCGUCUGCUGCGUUGGGUUCACCUUGUCCCUGACCUACCAGGACGCCAGCCCCGCCCUGCCCUAUGUGAGCAUGGCCUGCAUCUUCGCCUUCAUCCUGAGUUUCGGUUUGGGACCAGGUGGUGUAACCAACAUCCUGAACACGGAGCUCUUCACCCAGACCACGCGCCCGGCCGCGUACAUCAUCAGUGGGGUGGUGAGCUGGCUGAGCUUCUUCAUCGUGGGGAUGGUCUUCCCCUUCAUCGUGAACGGGCUGCAGCAGUACUCCUUCCUGGUGUUCCUGGUGGUGUGCAUCGGGGCGGGGGCAUACAUCCUCUUUGUCGUCCCGGAGACCAAGGGUAAGACCUUCCUGGAGAUCCACCAGGAGUUCCAGAUGGGAGAGGAGAAGGAGAAACCAUCGCCUGGACUGCUCUGUGAACACACAGGAGGGGAAACCAUCGCCUCGACUGCUCUAUGAACUCACAGGAGGGGAAACCAUCGCCUCGACCGCUCUAUGAACACACAGGAGGGGAAACCAUCGUGUCGACCCAUCUGUGAACUCACAGGAGGAGAAACCAUCGCCUCGACUGCUCUAUGAACUCACAGGAGGGGAAACCAUCGUGUCAACUUAUAUGGACCACCGUGUUGACCCCUCUAUGAACCAUCGCGUCGACCCCUCUAUGACCACAGGAGGUGAAACCAUCGUGUCGACCAGUCUAUGAACCAUCGUGUCGACCCCUCUAUGACCACAGGAGGUGAAACCAUCGUGUCGACCCGUCUAUGAACCAUUGUGUCGACCCCUCUAUGAACACACAGCUCUGCCCUUGAACAAGUCAACUCAGGUCAUCACGACAGCUGAAGAUAACAAGAGGAUUCUUACUGAAUACUGUUCUACUGGUCAAAGACUGUUUUGGGAAGUCUGUAAUGAA